UCGAGUCUUCGCAGUUGGCAGACACUGGUAGACACGCGUAGAUCGGCGUUCGACUGUUCUGCGGAGUAAAAGCCGUUCCGGCAGAGGUAAUAAGUUUCUAAACGGAUUCACGUCUUUGCGAUUCGGUAAAAGACAGUGAGCGAGUCUCUCGACAAUAUUUCCUAGUGUCCUCGUGUGUGAGUUAGUGAUUGAGUGAUAUACGCUCAUUCGGAGAGGAGACAGCGAGGAAAGAAAAGUCCCCAAGCAACACGGUGAGCACUCGCAAAGCUAACGUCAUGACGUCGCAGGAGGCGGUAAAAAAAAUGGUCAAAUCUUGUAUUGUCUCACGCAAGGGCGGCGUACCUUUUCCUGAAAUCGAGGAUGAUUACAGGGCCUUAGUAGGCGAAAGUAUACCGUAUGCCCAACUGGGUUACACAAGUCUUCAGAGUUUUGUAAAAAGCAUCGACUUCGUUGACGUGAGAACUAAUCAUUUCGGUGACUCGGUGCUUUUCGUGUCUGAUCCAAAAGUCGCCCAUAUCGACAGUCUUGUGAGAAAGCAGAAAAAUCCAUCCAACCAGAGGAAGAGAAACCGAAGGCCGAAAAAACUUGCAGCAACUACUCCCCGGUCGGAAAGAUUUACCAGAAACACGAAGAUCGCGUAUACUAAGUCGAAAUGGUACACCUCCUCAAGCAGGACGAAAAAGAACUACUGGGUAGAAAAAAAUAACGAACGUAGAGACAUGGAUCGGUUUAAUAACUUCAACACUGGACGGACGGGGAUCCAAAAUUGUAGUAGUAGCCCAAAUUUUCACAGCUACAACGAUCGUUCAUGGAGCACAAAAGCCCCGGCAUCUUUGAGCAGUAUCGACGACAACAUGUACAACUACAACUCAGAAUGUGAAAAAAGAUAUGCCGAGGGCUACCGAAGCUGGAGAUUCAAUAUUCGCGUCGCCGACAACAAAGAUGCAGAGGAAGUUCUGUUAGAGCCGUUGGUUAACGGGCACCAGUUAAUCGGUGAUGAUUUUUUUCUACAACUGGCGAUAAAAAAUUUUGGGGCACAACCUUGGAAGCCAGAAGCCAGAGCCGGAAUUGAGUGCGGAUUAUGCAUUUCUGGUCAAACGAUCGAUGAUUGUCGUCGAAGACUGGAGAAAACCCAGUUCUUAUCUGGCAAAAUAACGAUUUUGCUCGGUGCCGUUGACGUAUUUCGAGGUCACAGCUUGGAGAAAAUGGUGAGGGACAUGAAGAACUUGCUAGAUGUUUGCAGGGACAGAUUUAAUUUGACUGAGGUUACGCUCUGCACUAUUCCGCCAUUGGCUAAUUACUCCGUAAGAUGUAACCUUAGCAAGUUAUCCGUGCUUUACUCAUUCAACAACUGGAUCAAAUUGCACAGCCAAUACAGUCCCGACGACUCGUACAUUCAUCACUAUAACGUGAUCGAUGUCUUCUCCAAAUUUACCGACGGAAAUAACCGCACCCUUUACGACUACUUUCAAAUAGACGCGAGAAUGGUAUCCGGAUGUCGGUAUCCUCACGUUUUAUGGAAUGCCAAAGGACGCCGCCUGGCGAUCUCAAUGCUUGAGAAGCAGUGAGUUCAAUGUGUUUUUUUAGUAAAUGUGGCUUUCCGGGCUGCAGAAUAGUUUCUACAUCUGGCGUCUUGCACCUUAGCGUAGUUUUGACAUUUUAAUAUCCAUUUGUAUGCUAAUAGAAGUAUUUAUACACUCAUCAAGCGUUGGUGAGUCACAGGGAGAGAAAGUUUUUGACCGCUUUAUGUCAUGGUCAUUGUUAUUUUAAAGUGGUUUAAUUAACGUGAGUGGUUGUAAAGGAUUAUUUAUUCCAAUUAAAAGAUCAAAUUUGUUGCCCCAGCAUCUUAUUACUUUUCACCUGAAGAGCUGCUGUGUCUAAAUGCAUGGAAGGAGAAAUUAAAAAUCUGAUUUACAUCUUUUUUGUCUUUGUACAUUCGUACGGUACUAAAGUCAAAAGUGAUAAAAAUUGAUUUUUACGUUCGUACAAGUUCGCGCCUGGAUAUCUAUCGAGUUUAUGAAAUUGAUUAACUUUGUGGAAAGCUACUAAUUAGUUUCAUACUUUUCUCAUCCAAGAAUUUUAAUAAUUUGUACGAAAUAAUGCAAGUUAAUUGGAAACAUUCCCUCCCCACUACGUAGGCGUUAUGUAUGUAUCUCCAUGUGGGAGGUAGUACGAUUUUGUGGUAAUUAUUCCAGACUUUCUGCAGGGCAACGUUUCCGCUAAACGAAAUGUUCGUAAUGAAUUCAGAAUAAACCGAAUCCAAAUUUCACUGCUCACAUUAGAUCAUGGGUGUAACACCGAAAAAUAUUGAAUUCCGUAAAAAGAAAAAUAGCGGAGAAGCGAUCUCGUGAAUCUUUUCACCCCGACCAAGUAAUUUCAGAAUAACGUUACGAUCAUGAAAAGGAAACUUUGUUCGCCUGUAACUUCCGACAUUUCAUUUCACAAAAGAAGACGUAUUCGUGAAUUUUUUACUCAUUGUCAGUCAGUUUUUACUCUGCAAAAUCGAAGAAACAAAUAUGACCGUGAUGAACGGAAAGUCAAAUUUAAUACUGAGAAUAAUUUUUAUUGUAAUUAAAAAAUAGGCGUUCAUGUGUAGUAUUUAUUUUCGCUAUUUAUCUAAAUAUUGAUAUCUGAUUGUCUAUCAUGUACAUACAAUAAGUAUUUCUAUAAUAUACCCGCGAUUAUUUGGUGCUGUGCAUCAAAUGCGUUGUGUAAAAUACUACUAGAUACCCAACGUCUGGUUGUAUACAGCGGUGGUGAAAUUAAGAAAUUAUAGCAUGUAGUUAUACUAUGUCUAAUAUGAAUCUGUAAAUUUAUUCCUGUAAAUAGCAUGUAAGUAUCGCUAUUAAAGCAAUCGGUGUAAAUCAACAACAAUUUCUUUUUACUUCACUUAAUUUCUCAUAUUUUCUCAUUCGGCUAAUGCAUAACGAAUUACAAACAUUUGUUAUAGAUUCUCAAAUAAAACGAACUUUCUCGUUUGUACGUCAUAAUAAAUACAACUGAAUACUAUAACUGAAUUUACACUAUACACACAAAACACAUGCAUAUCGAAAAUCAUUCUUAUUCAAACUCUUUGUUUUUUUUGUACCGACAACAGAAAUUACGAAA